AUGACUAGAACUCUCUCAGACAGCGACCUGAAAAUAGUUAUUAAAACCCCACAGAGUAAGUGCAUGCAUAGCUUGCACGUGGCGUUUGCUGUUAGUGAAGAAGAAGAUGAAGAGAUAGAAUUGGAACCCACUUGGUUGGAUGAGGAGUACCGUGCUGUUAGGGUGGCAGUGGGUGGUGGAAACGGUGGUAGUGGUGGGAAGAUAUGUAGCGGCGGCGGUGGUGGUGGAGAAGAUGAGAAUGGAGGGUCUGCGAAUUGGGAUUCAAAGGGUAAUAUUGCAAGUACGGAUCUUUACUAUCAGAUUAUGCUUGAAGCUAACCCUGGGAAUGCAUUGCUUCUUAGCAAUUAUGCCAGAUUCUUGAAAGAGGUAUGUGGAGACUUUGUGAAGGCUGAGGAGUACUGUGAGAGAGCAAUACUUGCCAACCCCAGUGAUGGAGAUGUGCUGUCAUUGUAUGCUGAUUUGAUAUGGCGUGCGCAUAAGGAUGCUCCUCGUGCUGAGUCUUACUUUGAUCAAGCCAUUCAGGCUGCCCCAGAUGAUUGCUAUGUUUUGGCUUCCUAUGCUCAGUUCCUUUGGGAUGCCGACAGUGAAGACGAAGGUGAUGAGAGAGAAGAUACUAGCAAUAUUGAUUUAUCACCUCCCAUGUUCUUCCAAGGAGCUCCACCACCACUUCUCCUCCUCCCAUAG